GUUCAGCAGACACAGAGUGAACUUCUCUUCAUUGGAAAGAAAAGUAUAUAUCGAAUACAACAAUAUUUAGAGAAAGGGAAGAACUACGACGCGACAAGUUUCAGCUGCUUGAAACUUGUAAAAAGUUAACUUAACCCGCUGAACACCGCCGUACAUCGAGAGAGAUAUCAAAAUGGAUUAAGAAAAGCUAGCUGGGGAUUUUCCAACUGACUUCGCUUUAACCGACGUGUAUCAUUGACUGGACGAGAAAUAAUCAAAUGACAGUGGUACAUACCAAGUCACUCGCGAAGGGACUAUAAUCUUAGCUAAUAUUAUGUUUUUAUCCACGCCAACUUCGGAAAACAGCGGGCCAACACAUCGACUGGCUGAAUCUUGCGGCGGUGUGGUCCAAGGCUUAAAUGGCACCAUAGAGUCUCCUGGUUUCCCCCACGGCUAUCCCAACUAUGCCAACUGUACAUGGCUGAUAAUAACGGGGGAGAGAAACCGAAUCCAGCUAACCUUCGUCACGCUGGCACUGGAGGAGGACUUUGAUAUUGUGUCAGUAUACGAUGGACAACCGUCACCUGGCAACCUUAAAAUGAGGUUGUCAGGAUUCAUGCUGCCAUCUCCUAUAGUCAGCAGCGGAUCUAUACUGGCUUUGUGGUUUACCACUGACUUUGCUGUCAGCGCGCAGGGCUUCAAGGCCGUAUAUGAAGUCUUGCCCAGCCAUACAUGUGGCACCCCUGGCCUUAUUCCAAACGGAGUAAUCCAUGGCUCACGGUACAAUAUGGGGGACAAGAUCCGCUACAGCUGUGAGUCAGGCUUUGUUCUGGAGGGACACAGCAUCCUCACAUGCAUUGUGUCACCAGGCAGCGGAGCACAGUGGGACUUCCCAUCACCAUUUUGCAGAGCGGAAGGAGCGUGUGGCGGCACGUUACGGGGCACCGCAGGUUCGAUAACCAGCCCUGGCUACCCUGCAGAAUACGAGAACAACCUGGACUGUACAUGGUCAAUCCUGGCUGAGCCCGGGGACACUAUAGCCCUGGUCUUCAAUGACUUCCUGUUGGAGGACAGAUACGACUUCCUGGAAAUCAGCGGAACGGAGGCACCAAGUAUAUGGCUAACUGGUACUACCCUGCCCUCGCCAGUGAUAUCGAAUAAGAACUGGCUCCGUGUACAUUUCACCUCAGACAGCAACCAUCGUAGGAAAGGAUUCAGCGCUCAGUACCAAGUGAAGAAAGCGAUAGAGCUGAAGUCCAGAGGAGUUAAGAUGAUGCCCAGUAAAGACUCCAGUCACAAAAAUGCUGUUUUGAGUCAGAGCGGUCUUGCUGGUGAUGUUUGCCCAGAUCCUGGCGUUCCAGAAAAUGGAAAGAGGAUGGGCUCUGCUUUCCAAGUUGGCUCCAGCGUCCAGUUCAGCUGCGAUGACAGCUACGUGCUGCAAGGAUCUAAAAGUAUCACCUGUCAGCGGGUCACUGACACACUGGCAGCCUGGAGUGACCACAGACCUAUCUGUAGAACCCGUACCUGUGGCAGUAACCUACGGGGUCCCAGAGGGGUCAUAACGUCUCCUAACUACCCUGUUCAAUAUGAGAACAAUGCGCACUGUGUGUGGGUCAUCACUGCAAUGGACUCUGGGAAGGUGAUAAAGCUGGCAUUUGAGGAGUUUGACCUGGAGAGAGGAUAUGACACGCUAACUGUGGGAGAUGGAGGAAAGAUAGGAGACACCCGGAGGGUACUCUAUGUACUCACCGGCUCCAGUGUCCCUGACCUUAUCGUCAGCUUAUCCAGUCAGAUGUGGUUACACCUGCAGUCUGAUGAUACAAUUGGCUCACAGGGAUUUAAGGCAGUCUAUGAAGAGAUCGAUCGAGGAGGCUGUGGGGAUCCUGGGGUUCCAGCAUUUGGACGUCGCAACGGUGAUCGUUUUCUCCAUGGCGACGUGCUGACCUUCUCUUGCCAGUCGGCUUUUGAACUGGUGGGAGAGAGGAGUAUCACUUGCCAGCACAACAACCAGUGGUCUGGCAAUAAACCAAGCUGUGUCUUUUCGUGUUUCUUCAACUUCACGGCUCCAUCGGGGACUAUAUUGUCCCCUAACUACCCAGAGGAGUAUGGCAACAACCUCAACUGUGUGUGGUUGAUUAUCUCUGAACCAGGGAGUCGCAUUCAUCUCCUCUUCUCUGACUUUGAACUAGAACCACAGUUUGACUGGCUGGUGGUCAAGGAUGAAGGUUUAUCUGAGCCAACCACAUUUGGAACAUUCUCUGGUAAAGACGUCCCGUCGCAGAUCGCCUCGAACGGGCACAUCAUGAGGCUGGAGUUCCAGUCUGAUCACUCGAACACUGGGAAAGGGUUCAACAUCAGCUACACUACAUUUGGUCAGAAUGAAUGUCAUGACCCCGGAGUUCCUGUUAAUGGUCAGAGGUUUGGAGACCAGUUUCAGCUGGGCAGCUCUGUGGCAUUUCGCUGCGAUCAAGGAUUCAUUAGGACACAGGGGUCAGACCAGGUCACUUGCAUUAUCCAAGAGGGAAAUGUUGUCUGGUCAGCUGCAGUACCACGCUGUGAAGCUCCUUGUGGCGGCCACCUUACAGCACCCACAGGCGUGCUGCUGUCCCCGGGUUGGCCGUCUUUCUACAGAGAUUCCCUCAGCUGCGAGUGGGUGAUUGAAGCACAACCAGAGCAUGCUGUGAAGAUACACUUCGACAGGUUCCAGACUGAGGUCAACUAUGACACACUGGAAAUCAGGGAUGGCCCCUCUGCCUCCUCUCCUCUGAUUGGUGAAUACCAUGGGACCCAAGCACCUCAUUUCCUGAUUUCCACCUCCAACUUCCUGUUCCUGUUGUUCACUACUGACAACAGCCGCUCUGCAGCAGGUUUCAGCAUCAGAUAUGAAAGUGUGAUGAUGGAGUCAGACUCAUGUCUUGACCCUGGAAUACCAGUCAAUGGUCGUCGCCAUGGCAGCAGCUUUGCCAUUGGUUCUCGAGUUUCGUUCACUUGUGAUCCUGGAUACACGCUCAGCGACCAGGAGCCAAUCGUGUGUGAGCGGAAUCAUCAGUGGAGUCAUGCUCUUCCAAGUUGUGAUGCUCUCUGUGGAGGGUAUGUUUAUGGUAAAACCGGGACGAUUCUUUCUCCUGGCUUUCCUGACUUCUACCCCAACUCGCUCAACUGUACCUGGACCAUAGAGGUGUCACAUGGAAAAGGAGUUCAUCUGGUAUUUCACACUUUCCAUCUGGAGGAGAACCAUGACUACCUGUCCAUCACUGAGGAUGGUAAUUUCCUGGUUCCAGUCGCUCGACUCACGGGCUCAGUGCUGCCUCCUAGUGUCAAAGCAGGGCUCUAUGGGAACUUCAGCGCUCAGCUACGAUUCAUAUCAGAUUUCUCCAUGAGUUACGAAGGGUUUAAUAUUACCUUCUCAGAGUAUGACCUGGAACCGUGCGAGGAUCCCGGCGUCCCGGCAUUCAGCAGGAGGAUGGGUUUCAGAUUUCGAGUCGGCGAUUCGCUGGUCUUCUCUUGUUUCCAUGGCUACCGACUUGAGGGUGACAGUAAAAUUACCUGCCUGGGAGGAGGAAGGCGAGUGUGGAGCAACACACUGCCACGAUGCAUCGCGGAGUGUGGGGCCUCCUCGGUUGGAACAGAGGGCGUCCUGCUCUCUCCGAACUUCCCGUCCAACUACGACAACAGCCACGAGUGCAUCUACCGCAUCACCACCGAGACAGGCAAAGGCAUCAGGCUGAUGGCUGAGAGCUUUGCCCUGCAAGAUGGAGACUAUCUGAAGGUGUAUGAUGGAGAGAACAGCUCAUCCCGUCUCCUUGGCAACUUCACACGUGAUGAGAUGAUGGGUGAUGUCAUCAAUAGCACAUCCAAUCACCUGUGGCUGGAGUUCAACAGCAACGCAUCUGGAACCAAUCAGGGUUUCCGCCUCACAUACACCAGCUUUGACCUGGUCCGAUGUGAGGAACCAGGUGUGCCCAGUUACGGCUAUAAGAUCCAGGACGACGGUCACUAUGCCAACACGUUUGUUCUAUACUCCUGUAACCCUGGAUACAGUCUGCAUGGUAGCAGUACACUCACCUGCCUCAGUGGAGACAGACGUGUCUGGGACAAACCACUUCCCUCCUGCAUCGCGGAGUGUGGAGGCCAUAUAACUGGAGCGGUCUCUGGACGUAUUCUGUCUCCAGGAUACCCUGCACCGUAUGACAACAACCUGCACUGCACCUGGACUAUAGAGGCUGAUACAGGCAAGACUAUUAGCCUCCACUUCAUUGUCUUUGACACCGAGGUUGGCCAUGACAUCCUGAGAGUCUGGGAUGGUCCGUCUGGGCCAUCGGAGGGAGGGAUCCUGCUGAAGGAGUGGUCUGGUCCGGCCUUACCUGAGGACACCCACUCCACUUUCAACAUACUCACUCUGCAGUUUGAUUCUGAUUACUUUAUCAGCAAGCAAGGAUUUUCUAUACAGUUCUCUACUACUACAGCAACAACCUGUAAUGACCCAGGCAUCCCAGUUAAUGGUUCUCGAUAUGGGGACAGUAAGGAGCCUGGAGACAGUAUGACGUUCCAGUGCGACCCAGGUUACCAGCUCCAAGGACAGGACACCAUCACCUGUGUACGGAUGGAUAACAGAUUCUACUGGCAGCCUGACCCUCCAACAUGUAUAGCAACUUGUGGGGGUAAUGUCAGUGGCCCCUCUGGGGUAAUUCUCUCUCCAAACUACCCCCAGCCCUACCCCCCGGGGAAAGAGUGUGAUUGGAGAAUCCGAGUCAACCCCGACUUUGUCAUUGCCCUCAUCUUCAAAAGUUUUAACAUGGAGCCCAGUUACGACUUCCUGCAUAUCUACGAGGGUGAGGACUCCAAUGGGCCGUUACUAGCAAGUCUCCAAGGCAACCAGGCCCCUGAGCGAAUAGAGAGCAGUGGUAACACUCUCUUCUUGGCAUUCAGAUCUGACGCCUCACUGGGCAUGUCUGGCUUCGCCAUCGAAUAUAGAGAAAAACCGAGAGAGGCCUGCUUCGACCCUGGUAACAUUAUGAAUGCCAGUCGCACAGGCUAUGACUAUAAACUGGGCUCCCAGGUCACCUACCACUGUCACCAUGGCUACACGAUAGUGGGCGGGGAUACCAUCACCUGUGUCAUGGGGCAGGAUGGGAAGCCGGUGUGGGACAGGGCUCUGCCAUCAUGUAAAGCUCCAUGUGGAGGACAGUAUGGCGGAUCGGAAGGAGUUGUUUUGUCCCCAAAUUAUCCUCUAAACUACACGACAGGACAGGCAUGCUCCUACUACAUCACUGUUUCCCCACAGUUUGUGGUGUUCGGUCAGUUUGCCGUCUUCCAGACAGCCAUGAACGACUCAGUGGAGCUGUUUGAUGGAGCCAAUCAGAACGCUCGGUUGCUCAGCUCUCUGGCGGGGUCACACUCAGGAGAGACAUUGCCAUUGGCAACUUCCAAUCAGAUCAUGCUGCGGUUCAGUGCCAAGAGUGGCCAGUCAGCUAGAGGCUUUCACUUUGUCUACCAAGCUGUUCCUCGGACCAGUGACAGUCAGUGCAGCUCGGUGCCAGAGCCUCGGUAUGGCAGGCGAAUCGGUUCAGAGUUCUCAGCUGGUUCUGUGGUGCGGUUUGAGUGCAGUCCAGGUUAUCUGCUGAAAGGAGCCAGCGCCAUCCGCUGCCAGGCCGUGCCUGGCGCCCUGGCACAGUGGAACACCUCCACACCCACCUGUAUAGUUCCCUGCAGUGGCAAUCUGACCGAACGUCGUGGGACGAUACUUUCUCCUGGCUAUCCUGAGCCUUAUCCUAACAGCCUCAACUGUCUGUGGAGGAUCCAUGUCAGUGAAGGGGCUGGAAUACAGAUCCAAGUGAUGACAUUUGCUACCGAGCACAACUGGGAUUCUCUAGAGAUCUACGAUGGAGGAGACAUGACAGCUCCGAAAUUAGGGUCAUUUUCUGGAACCACAGCUCCCGCCCUCCUGAACUCCACAUCCAAUCAGCUGCUCCUGCACUUCCAGAGUGACAUCAGUGUGGUAGCAGCAGGUUUUCAUCUGGAGUAUAAGACGGUUGGUCUCACCACCUGUCCAGAGCCAAUGAUCCCAGCCAACGGCAUUAAAACAGGAGACAGAUACAUGGUCAACGAGGUGGUGGCAUUCAGCUGUGAACCUGGGUAUACACUACAGGGCCAUUCUCACAUUUCCUGCAUGCCUGGUACUGUGCGUCGAUGGAACUACCCGCCUCCUCUUUGUAUAGCUCGUUGUGGUGGGGUGUUAUCUGACAUGAGUGGUGUAAUCCUUAGUCCUGGUUUCCCUGGAAACUACCCUGGCAACCUGGACUGCACCUGGCAACUCAACCUGCCAACUGGAUAUGGAGCCCAUAUCCAGUUCCAAAACUUCUCCUCAGAGGACAACCAUGACUUCCUGGAGGUGAGGGCAGGACCACAGCACAGCUCUGCUCUCAUUGGACAAUUUACUGGCUCCCAGAUCCCGCCCCCUCUGCUGAGCACCACCCACCUGACAAUCAUUCACUUCUACAGCGACCAUUCAGAGAACAGACCGGGGUUCAAACUGACUUAUCAGGCCUAUCAACUUCAAAACUGCCAGGAUCCCUCCCCCUUUCCUAACGGUGACAUCAUCAACACUGACUACAGCGCUGGCCAAUCAAUAACCUUUCAGUGCUACCCUGGUUAUGUUUUGAUUGGACAUCCUGUGUUAACAUGCCUGCAUGGGACCAACAGGAAGUGGAACCACCCAUUUCCACGCUGUGAAGCUCCUUGUGGCUAUAAUGUUACGGCUGACAAUGGGACGAUCUAUUCACCUCAGUACCCCAAUGAAUACCCCAACUCCCAGGACUGCAGCUGGCUCAUCACUGUUCCCCAUGGACAUGGAGUUUAUAUCAACUUUACCUUACUGCAGACAGAGCCUGUCACUGAUUACAUUGCUGUCUGGGAUGGCCCAGAUUCAUCCAGUCCUCAGCUGGGAGUCUUCAGCGGGAACACAGCAUUAGAAUCGGCCUAUAGUACGAGUCCAAAGGUCUUGAUCAGCUUUCAUUCUGAUUUCUCAACGGGAGGUUUCUUCAUACUCAACUUCCAUGCCUACCGCCUGAAGAAAUGCCCUCCUCCUCCUACUGUGGAGAAUGCAGAGAUGAUCUAUGAAGAUGACGAUUUCCAGAUAGGAGAUAUUGUAAAGUAUCGCUGUUUCCCUGGAUACACACUGGUGGGAAAGGCAGAGCUUACCUGUAAACUCAACUCCCAUUUGCUUUUUGAAUCCCCGCCCCCAGCCUGUCAAGCCCAGUGCCCGGCCAAUGAGGAGCGGGCCUCGUCAUCAGGGGUGAUACUAAGUCCUGGGUAUCCUAGCAACUAUCCCAACAGCCAGACAUGCUCCUGGCUGCUACGUAUGCUGCCAGGCUACACAAUCAAUAUCUAUGUUGAGCUGUUCCACAGUGAGAAACAGUUUGAUGAACUCGAAAUUUUUGAUGGAUCUUCAGGACAGAGCCCGCUGUUGGUGGCUCUGAGUGGAAACCAUUCGUCUCAACUGAACUUCACAUCGAAAACAAACCAACUGUACCUUCGCUGGUCCACCGACCAUGCAACUAACAAGAGAGGGUUCAAGAUACGAUACACAGCUGCCUACUGCAGCAUCAGCGAUCCCCCAGUGAACGGGGGUGUGGUCAACCGCACUAAACUCCGUCCAGGUAGCAGGCUACAGUUCUACUGUAACCGUGGUUACCGUCUGGUAGGCGCUAGCAAUGCCACCUGCAGGCUGCACCCCAAUGGGCUUUACCACUGGGACAAACCUGCCCCUUUAUGUCAAGCCAUCUCAUGCGGAAUCCCUCAGUCACCAGGCAAUGGCAGCUUCCAUGGUUACCAGUACACCGUUGGUAGCCAGGUGACCUACCACUGUAACCACGGAUACCACCUGGACCCAGGUGUUACCAUGACAGCAGUGUGCUUGGAAGACAGCACCUGGAGUAAUGCUGCCUCACCCCCCAGAUGUCUACCAAUCCACUGCCCCAGCAUUGAAGGUGUGCUGUCAGAUCACAUGACCUACCGCCUGCUCUCUGGUUUGUUGGGAGAGUUUGGUUCCAUGGUGAUGUUGGAAUGCGCAGCAGGAUACUAUUUGGGGGUCGGGCAUCGAACACUGCGUUGCCUUGCCAACGGGACUUGGGAGGGGGCAGAGGAUCCAGCAGCAUGCAAGAUCAUCUCCUGUGGCGAGCUUCCUUCUCCACCCUUUGGUACCAAACUGGGGACGUUGACCACUUUUGGAGCUACCGCAAUCUUUAUGUGUAACCAUGGUUACACACUGGUGGGGUCACAUGUCAGAGAGUGUGGCGCUAACGGGCUGUGGAGUGGUGCAGAGACCAGGUGUCUAGCUGGCCACUGCGACUCCCCAGACCCCAUAGUCAAUGGCCACAUUAGUGGAGAUGGCUCCAGUUACCGUGACACGGUGGUGUACCAGUGCAUGCUGGGAUAUCGGCUAAUUGGCACAUCGGUCAGAAUCUGCCAGCAAGAUCAUCGGUGGUCAGGAACGACACCCGUCUGUGUUCCUAUCACCUGUGGUCACCCCGGCAACCCAGCCAACGGGCGAACCAAUGGCAGUGAGUUCAACCUGAAUGAUGUCGUUAACUUCACCUGUAGCCGAGGUUACACUCUCCAUGGAAAUUCUCGGGCUCAGUGCCGACUUAACGGACAGUGGAGCAGCCCUCUACCUGUCUGCAGAGUGGUAAACUGUACGGAUCCUGGUCAGGUGGAGAAUGGCGUGCGUCAGUCUGGACUACGUUACCCAGAAGUCUUCAGCUAUGGUGUGACCGUGGCAAUCCACUGUAAACGAGGCUUCUACCUGUUGGGCUCCGCCCUCCUCACCUGUCAGCAUGACGGCCGAUGGGACCGACCAAUCCCUCGCUGCCUAGCUAUUUCCUGCGGUGACCCCGGAGUUCCUCCUAAUGCAGUCGUAUCUGGAGCCCACAGCUGGACGCAUGGCUCAGUGCUGCAGUACUCGUGUCUGCCGGGAGGGGUGCUGGUGGGCAACGCAACACGCUACUGUCAAGAGGAUGGCACGUGGAGCGGGGCACCACCAUACUGCACCGGUGCAACUUCAGGAGUUUGUGGAGACCCCGGGGUGCCCCCACAUGGUGUCCGUCUUGGAGGAGAGGAAUUUAAAACCAAGAGCCUCUUACGUUUCAGCUGUGAGGCAGGCUACAACCUGAUUGGUUCAGCUGAGAGGACCUGCCUGCACAACGGUACCUGGAGCGGCACGCAGCCUGUCUGUCAAGCCGUGUCAUGUGGUAACCCUGGCACCCCAGCCCACGGCAGAAUUGUCUUCAGUGAUGGCAUCACCUUUGGGAGUUCAGUGGCUUACGCAUGCUGGGAAGGGUUCAAAACAUCAGGUCUGACUACUAGACACUGCACAACAAAUGGGACAUGGACAGGACAACCACCUGACUGUGCUGUGAUCAGCUGUGGAGACCCGGGCCCAAUAGCUAAUGGGAUCUAUUUAGGAAGUGAGUUCACCUUCAACCACACAGUGACCUACCACUGUAACCCUGGUAACCUGAUGGAACCAUCUGGGCCCGGUCGGGAUGUUCUGCGGUGCACUAAAGACGGAACCUGGAACCAAACCAAGCCUGGCUGUAAAGUGAUUCAAUGUGGGACCCCUCCCCUGGUGCCUCACGGGAAAGUGGAAGGGACCGACCAGUCAUGGGGGUCCAGUAUUGGCUACAGUUGUUUCCAUGGUUACCAGCUGUCCAGUCCAGCUGUGGUAACCUGUGAGGGAAAUGGAACGUGGAGGGGAGACAUACCACAGUGUCUACCUGUCCUGUGUGGGGAUCCAGGCUCUCCUGGAGGUGGUUUCAGAGAGGGGAAACUCUUCUCCUACAGGUCAGAGGUCAGGUUCUACUGCCACUCCCCCUACCUGCUGGUAGGCUCUGCCUCCAGAGUCUGCCAAGCUGAUGGCAGCUGGAGCGGCCAACAGCCUGCCUGUAUAGACCCAGCCUUCAACAGCUGUCGGGACCCAGGAACUCCAGCCUAUGGUAUCCCUGUACUGGCUCAGGGCUUUCAGGUUGGCAGUAAGAUUUCCUUCAAAUGCCGCAAGAACUAUCACAUCCUUGGUUCCACCACGCGGACCUGCCUGGAGAACCUGACCUGGAGUGGAACCCAGCCUGAAUGUAUAGCCCAUUCAUGCAGACAGCCAGAAACUCCCAGCAACGUAGACGUUCGCUCUAUGGACCUGCCAACGUUGGGUUACACGCUGAUCUACUCCUGUCAGGAUGGUUUCUAUCUGGCCGGGGGAUCAGAACACAGAACCUGCAAGAGUGAUGGGAGAUGGUCCGGGAAACCUCCGCUCUGUAAAGUUGGAGUCAAAGUCCAUCCCAAAGCCAGAGGAGAGUCUGAUGUUCAGAAAAAUAAGAUCCGUGUUCCAGUUGAUGUAUUCUCUCCAAACUCUGACUGGAGCGGUUUCUACGAGUAUCUGGGGAAGCGACAGGUUGCCACGGUGACCGUCACUGGAUUCAAUGCUACCAGCGGCAGAGUCAAUGUCACGUUACUGGAAACCAGUGGAGUGUCAAUCAGACUGUCAGGGACAUAUAAGUCAGAGGAAAACCAAUUACUGUUGAAGGUCUACCAGGUGAAGGGGCCGACAGAGCAUUAUUACAGCAAGUUUAAAAAUGACAACUGGGCUAUGGAUGGAUAUGUCACUGCAGAGUCAGACCAGAAGACUUUUGUCUACCAGGGCCACAUCCACAGUAAAGACUUUGGCAAGUUUCAUCUGACCAGACAAGGCCCUGUAACCAUGGCAAUGGACCCAUCCAACCCCUACACCAACAGCAGCUCUGUGGCAGCAGCCAUCUUGGUUCCCUUUUUUGCUCUCAUCCUCUCUGGAUUUGCCUUCUACCUUUACAAACACAGGACAUUGUCUGCUGACACAGAUGAUGACAAUGAGAGACCAAAAGACACCUGGGGGCCUGGCGGCAGGACACGUCCCAAGGUCCAGUUCAAUGGCUAUGUGGGCCACGAGAGCUCCAACGGUCAGGCAUCAUUUGAAAACCCAAUGUAUGAUACCAACAUGAAACCAACCGAGGCUAAAGCGGUUCGAUUUGACACAACUCUCAAUACAGUCUGCACUGUGGUAUAGCCAAACAAAGCCCACAACUAGCUGUACACUGGUUUAGUCCAACGCCCCCCACCCACCAGCCCCAUUGCCCUCUGCAAUGUGGUCUAACCAAACUCCAAGGAAACAGAACAGAAAGAACAUACAUAUGAAUUGGACUCAUCACCUUGAGCAAUCUGUGUUCUAGCAUGCUGGUCCAGGGCCAGCACAGUCUGCACAGUAAUAUUGCUCCACUCCAACCUCUAUCAUCCACCUCUCCAUGCAAUCUGAAAGAGUGACAUAGGUCUGGAACCAUUAAAAGAGAGAGUAGACAGUGACAUCAUCAAAUGGCAGUAAUUUGUUUAGCUGAGAAGGGCUGGGGCCAGAAUUUAUAUUCAGGACUGUGUUAUUUUUCAAACAUCAAGGAUAAAGAACAUAAAGAAGGUACAGUGCACACUACUUAAACUUUCCACCUAUAGCAGCAACUGUGUUACAGAGUGCUGGUCCAGCAUCACACCGCUGGCCUGUUGACUUCUGUCUGCACAGCCGUAUGACCCCAGAACACCAUGAGCAAUGGUUUACCCCAACCUAACCCCAUAGACCCAAACUCAGUUUGCACAGUGGUAUAGGCUAACUAACUCCCCCUCUGCAGGCCAGAUAUGGGUUUCACCAAGGUGAGGUUCGAACCUCAGGGGAAGCACAUAGACUAUUCCACCCCCCACCCCCAACCCUCCACCAAACUUCCCACACACACUGUUGGACAGUUCCUGUGUAUGACAACACAACAACCAUCAUUGGUGCUGGACCAAAACCUCCCAACUGGACAUCAGUCAUGCUGGACUUGACAAGACUGUUCCACCAGAGGCCGCUUUGGUGGAAACCGAUUUCGAUCACAGAGACCGCUGUAACCUUGACAGACAAAUGCAGUUCAACAGUUCAACCAGACGUAUUCCUCA